AUGCUAACAUGUUUCUAUACGCGAUCCCAAGCACCCCCUAAGUUGAUUGCGUUUCAUUACUAAAGGAGUGUGCAAUUGCAAGCUCAAGAAAAUCCAUCCAGCAGAGAUUAGAUCUUUGUUCCUUCUGCAAAAUCGCAACGUAAAGAUUUGGGCCAUUUCUAUCAGAAGUUGCGUGUUCGUUGUAUCAUCGUCUGCAAACAGUAAUGGUGUGGGAAGUUUUCUUGUGGGUCAUCUUCUUCAUCAUCAUCAUGGCCCUCAUCGCCUCUAAUCUCUAUCAGAUUGUGUGCCUAUCCGAUUUGGAGGCUGACUAUAUGAACCCGUAUGAAUCAUCAUCGCGCAUUAAUGCUGUGGUUGUCCCUGAAAUGGUUCUCCAUGGUUUAUGCUCUGCUCUUCUUCUUGUGACGGGCUACUGGUUCAUGUUCCUUCUUACACUUCCGAUCACUAUCUAUAAUUCCAUGUUAUACAUGAAUCGACAACAUCUUAUAGAUGUAACUGAAGUUUUCAGAUAUGUCGAUGCUGAAAAAAAGUAUCGGAUUGCCAAACUGGCCUUGUACUUAUUUCUCUUUGUCCUAGUGGUUAUCAGGAUGGUAAUAGUGAUGGUAACAGUGAUUAUCAACAAUGUAAUAGGUGAUGAUGAUGAAAGAUUACCCGGGUUCCGGUUUGACUUUUUCGAUUCUCGCCGGUUUAUGUCAUGAUGGGUAGGGUUGUGGGGAAAACCGUAGUUGAAGAUUCUUAAAAAUUAUGGUCCACCUUUUGUUUUGAGAUGUGAUCAAAGUAACAACCCCUUCAGGAAAGUUGAUUAAUCUUAUGGGAGCUGAACAAACUAAUCAGGAAAAUCUCCGGUGGUCUGGGCGUAUGGUGAAGUUUAUCAGUCUUUGUUUAUCAGUUGAGCUAGCCGUCAAGGUGGAUCUAGACAUCUGAUUUUGGCAAAAUACUUCAAUGCACCACUUAGAAAAAUAGAGAUU